UUAGAAUUGUUUCAUGACUCUGUUUAUGUGUAUUUCUGUAUUUUGCUUAUGAAGAACCCGUCGCAUCGAAAAUCUGCAGGAGCAGGUCUGAAAAAGAUUUUGCAACGAAGGAGCUGCAGAGGCGGAACAAAGCUCAGUGCGCUCUUCUGCCGGAACUUGACUGUGUGACACAGGCGGAAGUAUACAAAGAAGAGGCGGAAGCCCCGUUUUUGUGAGCUGUGCAGUGUGUUGUUGUGUGAGCCGAGUGUGUGAGCUGUGGCAGUAACAAUGCCUUCAGUUCAGUCUCUGAGAGAGUUUAUCAACGAGCGACUAACUGCUGCUGCUGAACAAAUAUUCUUGGAGUUUGAAAAAACGAUCGUCCAGUACGAGGAAGAGAUCGACCGUCAGCGCAGACUGCUGGAUAUCACCUGCAAACCCCAAAUACAGCUGCACACAGCAGACGUCCCACAGCAGCCUGUCUGUAAGGAGGAGGAGGAGGUUCUCCCUGAGCAGCAGCUCUGGAACCAGGAGAGGAGCUCCAGUCUGGACCAGGAGGAACCAGAACCUCCACAGAUUAAAGAGGAACAGGAGGAACUGUGCAGCAGUCAGGAGGGAGAGCAGCUGGGACUGAAGGAGGAGCCUGAUACCUUUAUGGUGACUGCUGCUGAGGAAGGAGACCACAGUGAACCAGGAGAAGACGAGGAGCAGCUCCUCUGUCACAGCUCUGCUGGAGCUGAGAGCAGAGAUCAGGAAGGAGGCAGGAGUGCAGACUCGGGACCGACUAGAAUUAUAUAUCGAAUUCACUGUAACAAUCCUGCACACGCUCGCAUGUUAGCGCGUCAGAAGAACUCUGAUGUAGGUAAAAAGACUUUAAAGUGUGAUGUUUGUGGAAGAGCCUUCAAGAAAAAAUGCCAAGUCAAAGAGCAUCGCAAAAUCCACACAGGAGAGAAACCGCAUUCCUGUAAAAUAUGUCAGAGAAGUUUUACUCAAAAGAGCACCAUGCUGCGCCACAUGAUAAUCCACACUAAGGAGAAGUCAUACUCCUGCCUGACAUGUGGAAAGACCUUCAGUCAGAGCGGGAAUCUGUACGUCCACAUGAGGAUCCACACAGGCGAGAAGCCGUAUUCCUGUAAAACCUGCGGGAAAACGUUCGCACGGAGCAAUCAUAUGUUACGCCACAUGAAGACUCACACGGGGGAGAAGUCGUAGUCCGGAACUUUCCAAGCUGGAAAACCAUCAAGCAUGCAUUCAGGUUCAAACACAGUUUUUGGACUCCAGCAGCAGUUUGUUGGAGUCGCUCGGUGUGAGGUUGGUCACAUGAUCAGUUUGACUUGGGGGAGGGGUGCUCAUGUAUUAAUUUACUUUUCUUCUUCUAGAAAAUAUCAUGUCGAGUCUUGGAACACUUCGUUUGUUAGUAUGAAUGAGAGGUGGUGAGUUGUGAUAUGAAAUGAUGAAGAGAUGGAAGUGAAGCUAUUCUUCUGUAAGGCGACUGUGUGCAGCUGAGCUGUGCUGAAGUUUCACUGAUGUUCGACAUGCAGCUGUUUAAACGUUAAUCUCAGGAGCUUAGAAAGGAAAGCUUUUGGACGUCUUUAAGUUGUCCUGAAGACGUUUAAUCCGAGAAGCUUCUUCAGUUCUAAGAGCAACUGGUGGAGAGUCACGGAUUUAAGCCCUACAUCUGUACACCUGCAGCUAAAGGUCAAAGGUCACUCUUUGAGGAUGCCAAUGUUCACAUUUUGGACAGAGAGGACAGAUGGUUUGAAAGAGGAGUGAAAGAAGCCAUCCAUGUCCACUGUGAGCGACCAUCUUUGAACAGAGGGCGGGGCUUAUGGCACCAACUGUCUGCCAUCUAUAAUCCAGUUUUGAGAUCCUUCCCAGAUGCCUUAACGCCCACUCACACCCUGGGCCAUCUGACCUCAGGAAAUCACAUGAUAGGGUGGGGCCAGGUUUCACAAUGAGCUCACCUGAAACCCUGGCUGAUUGUGACCCACACCCGCUUUCACACCUUGGCUCAGGUGAUUAGGUAGAGGAUCAUCAGGGGGUCAUUGUCCCUCUUGGGGGGACACUCCCACAGGGCUUCUCGGAUGAAACGUCUUCAAGGAACUUAAAGAAGUCCAGACGCUUUUCUUAGACUAGGAUGACCUGGAUGACUGAGAACCUUCACAGACAUGUUUAAACACUCGGUGGCUUUAAUGCAUGUUACUGGGUUCCAGUAGUGUGAUCCAGUUGGUGAUCUGAAGGGUUCAUGCAGGGCUGUUUAACACGUCCUUAACUGCAGAAACUCGAGCGGAGCUAAAACAUUUUAGUUUAAUGAAGUAAAAAUGAAAACUUGUUUAGAGGAAAUGGACCACACAGUUAAAGCUAAAUAAUGUGUCACUGAAUGCAUAACUGCAGUUUUAUUGGAGUGAUGAGAGGCGGCUGAGCUGCUCCCGCCUCCUCGGGCAGCGGCGCGCUCCACGUUGCCCAGGUGAUCUCCAAGGAAACCAACUUUCAUGAGAAAAUGAAACAGGCUGAGGUGACCUUCUAUAUUUCAAUGAUAUUUGAAUAAGGAGAGGGCGCACCCCCCUGACUGUGACUGAGCACGGUCAGCAGGGACUGAAGCGCCGCCUCGUGUUCGCACUCUCCACCAUCGCCAUGACGAUCGGGCCCUGCAGGCUCAGACAGAUUAUAGAUGAUAACCUCGCAGCUGUUUCAUACUCGGGUUUUAAACACUCUGUUUUCUAUCAAAGCUGUUUUGGAGGAUUUCUUUGACUCUGGAAGAAAACAUGUUUGAUGACGUCUCUGCUUCAGUAGAAUCAGCAGCAACAGUGUAAAAAUGACAAAGAUGCAGCUCUGAUCUUCCGCCUGCAUCACGCUCGAGGUUUUCGUCUUUACCUCCAUCAGUCUGUUUGCACCUGAACGUUUAAUGGAAGAUUUUGGUUUGUGUCCUCUACCUCAGUGAUUUUUGGAUUGAACUCAGAUGUUGAAGUGUGUGUUUCAAGCAUGCUUUGUUUUGUGUUCUCAUCUUUUUAAACGUUUCAGUCUUUAGAGCUGACACUAACAAACUGUACGAACUGUUUGACGUGUCGAUGUGAAAGAUCUUUAUAAAUAAAGUUUCCUUUGUGCUUCCACAGCA